AAAAAUGUGCAAUACUUCACAAAAUGCAUUUAAUCACACACUAGAGAUAGAUGAGACAUGUUACUUCUCUUUUAAAGCUGCUUUUCAUAUACCAGCAUUAACACUCGCUAUAUUGGUUAUAUCCAUCAAUUUGGCUGUAAUUCUAUUAUUCAAAAGGUCAAGAAAUUUGAGAAAGCUUCCUUCCAAUGUCAUUUUCUUAAGUUUUGCCAUCAACGAUCUGCUAUCUGGAUUCACCAUUAUAUUCCAUAUUCUUCCUUACUUGCAUUUUAAAAUCAUUGGAUGCACAAUACAAAAUGUCACAAAACAAGAUAAAUUCUUAAAUUUUAUGGCCGUUUCACUUCUCAUGUCAAUGUUUACCAUUUUAUCAGCCGUUGGACAUUUUAUAAUGCUAUCUACAGAUCGAAUUUUAGCUUUGUUUUAUGCAUUAAGGUAUUUUACCAUUGUCACAAGAAAACGAACUAUAUUAGCUGUUGUUCUUGUAUGGAUGUCUUCAACAUUUCUGGUACUUUUAGAUUUGAUAUGGUGGAAUGAGACAGACAAAUUACCGCACAACAAAGUUUAUACCUGUAUUUUGUUGAUUGCAUUUGUUUUAUUUCCUUUCAUAGUUUUAUCUAUACAGUAUGUAUCAGUUAUUACGUUGGUCAAUAACCUAUCGAAACAUACACCUUCACGACAAACAGCAGGAUUUUGCCAAGCAAGAAAAGCAUUGAUAACAUACUCGCUAAUGUUUUCAUGCUUUGUUAUGCUGUCUACACCGUUCUUUAUUAUGCGUGUAAUUAUUGUGUUUCACAGUACUCUUUUUAACAGCAUUUCUGUUACUGUUUUCGAGGCGAUAUACAUUUUGCGAUAUGUUACGUCGUUUAUAAACCCAGUGUUGUACACAUUACGCAAACGCGACUUUCGUAAAGCACUCGAAGAGACUAUAGUGAAUUCGGUACCGUUUUUGACACGCUCGAAAAAAAAAGAAGAUAUUAUGUUGCUUGAUAUUAAAGCUUAAAAAAGUUAUAAGGCAAUUAAAUUUUUUACUAUUUCAGUAAUAACAGACUAUCCAGUCUACAAGUAACGGUUAAUAAAAAACCUGACCAGUAUAUAUUUAAGAUAAAGGAGACAAAGGCAAUUGUCGAAUGGGUGGGUGUGACGAAACUGCAGCCGUAUACAUGUUACAGACUUGCAAAAAGAGCCCUAUCAACUCUUUCAUGAUCACUUAAAACAUGAUCUUUGUGCUUGCUAAUGCUUUUGUUACCCCUAGAGUUCUAUGAAAUCCCCAUAAUCGAUAAAAUAAACUUAAAAUUGGAAUUUAAAACAUUACAAGACCAACAACGCAAUUUUAUAGAAUAAUAUACUUCGAGUUCUAGUAACUCAUCAUCAGAUUCAUUCUUUAUAAAACAAAUAAAUAAAAGUUUAAAAACAGUUUUAAUAAAAAAUAGUUAAAAUUAAAAUUU